AUGGAAGAGAUCGGCGAGAAAACCAUUCUACCGUCCGAUUCUCAUGGUGCUGACCAUGAGGCUGGCGAGAUUGCCAGUGUACAUGAACAGGCGGAGCUUGAUCGUCUGGGAUACAAGCAGGAGAUGCGCCGCAAUCGAUCGGUUGUCACCCUUCUCUUCCAGACGCUUGCUAUCGCAGCAAUUCCCUACGGCGAGGGCAGUCCUCUAAUCAGCGCCAUCUAUGGUGGUGGGCCACUAUCCAUCUUUGUAGGAUGGAUUGUAGUCUGCGUCCUGGACCAAUGCAUCGCAAUGUCACUAGCAGAGCUGGCUUCGCGUUACCCUACCUCCGCAGGCCCAUACUACUGGUCCUUCCAAAUCGCACAGUCCUCCAAGACCACCAUAUCAUUCAUCAAUGCCUGGAUCUGGGUCAUCGGUAACUGGACCAUCACUCUAUCAGUCAAUUUCGGCUUCGCCUCCAUGCUCUCCGCAACAAUAUCCAUGUACCAUCCCGACUGGAGCGCCAACAGCUGGCAGCUCCUAUUAAUCUUCUACGCCAUCUGCAUAGGCUCACUCCUAAUCUGCACAUUCGCCAACCGCUACCUCCCCCAAGUCGACAUAGCCUGCGCCACCUGGACCGCCCUCACAAUCCUCGUCAUCCUCAUCGCCGUCUCCGUCAAAGCCGACGUAGGCCGCCACAGCGCCUCAUGGGCCCUAUCCCACUACGACAAAAGCUUCGCAGGCUGGGGCAACUUCACCUUCUUCAUCGGCCUCCUCCCACCAGCCUACACCUUCUCCGCCAUCGGCAUGAUCUCCUCCAUGGCCGAAGAAUGCGCCCACCCCGCCAUCAAAGUGCCCCGCGCCAUCUCCCUCAGCGUCCCCGUCGGCGGCAUCGCAGGCCUCUUCUUCAUCAUCCCCCUCUGCGUCACCCUCCCCCCGCUAGAAGACAUCAUCAAUUCCCCAGGCGCCCAGGCACUCCCCUACAUCCUGCACCGCGUCAUGGGCUCCCCGGGCGGCGGUCUAGCCCUCGUCUUCCUCGUCCUAGUAAUAACCCUCUUUUGCUCAAUAAGUAUUACCGUUGCGGCAUCCCGCUGCACCUGGGCCGUCGCCCGCGACAACGCCCUCCCGCUUUCGCGGAUCUGGGCCCAUGUCGAUCCGCACCUGGGUGUGCCGGUCUGGUCUCUUGUUCUCCUAACCGUAAUCCAGAUGCUGCUCGGCCUCAUCAACCUUGGUAGCUCCAGUGCGUUUACGGCGUUUGUUUCGGUGGGCGUUAUCGCUUUGGCGGCUGCGUAUGCGAUACCUAUCUUCCUGAGCUUGUUGAAUGGUCGGGAGGAGGUUAAUAAUGCGCCCUGGACCUGUGGCAUGGUUGCUGGGUCAUUUUUUAAUGUUGUUGCGCUGGCUUGGAUUGGGUUUGAGCUGGUUUUGUUUAGUAUGCCGACGGCUUUGCCUGUUACGCCUGUGUCGAUGAAUUAUGCUUCUGUGGUGUUUGUGGGGUUCAUGGCUAUUUCUGCUGUGUGGUAUGUGGUUUAUGCAAGGAAACAUUACAAGGGUCCGCCUGCAUCCGAUGCCUUGGAUGAUUAA